AUGGAUCUCCGUAUUUCUCAAGGUUAAUCUAAUGCUUCGGUCGUCCGGAACAGUUGAUAAUUUUCUUUUAGUAUUUCGUAAAACAGUUUUUCUCUUAUACUAAUCAAUAAUUUAAUAGUUUUUACAUUUCUAUCACAAAGUUACACUUUCAUGAAUAUGUUACAAUGUUAAAUGUAAUAAUUUAUUAAUUUUUUGUCGGCUGAAUCUGGGUUUACAUUCUCGUGAUAUUAAUUUUUAAAUCAGAACUGUAUGUUAAUAGAAAUUUCAGAAAUGUAUAUUAAAUAGAAAUUUAUAUAGAGAGAAGUUAUGUAGUCAAAAAUUGAAAUAAGCGGUGAUUGUCGCUUUAGAAUAAUCUCGCAACAUAUAAAAAUUGUUUAUUGUUUCAGAUAGCAAGAAAUAUGUAUAUUAUAUAACUGUCCUUUCAAUUCGUUUUUCUUUUUUCAUUAUGUACAAUAACGAAGGCAUCCGUGGGUGAAAAUAUAGAUUGACUACUCUCUCACCUAUUUCGGUGAUUUUUGAAUGUAUUACAGACCUGGCAAUACUGUCCAUAUUUUUUGAUUUCAGCAAAACUUGCUGAAUCGGUACGAUAGGAUAUGGCAUGAAAAUGGUAACGGGGCAUCGAUGUCCCGAAAUCGGGUGACCGAAAAAAUACAUUGGAUGCUUGGUCUAUUAUACCUCGUUCGUGGUACCUCUUAAUGAUUUUUUACCAUGUCGGUAUCUCAGAACAGGUAUCACAAUAUUCUAUAAGAUAUCAUAUCUAUUCUGUACCUAGUCUAUGCUGUAUGUUCUAUCCCUUUCUUAUGUUCCGCAAAUACUGUUUCUUUUGAUUGCAUUUCGUUAAACAUUAUAAAGAACAUAGUAAAACCUCCAAUUUUUUAUACAAAAAAUGUUUCGGAGCGUGUGAUAUUCCAUGAAAUUUUGUCCUGUCUGUAGUGAUAGAAUGUGACAUCUAUUUUAUGUGUGGUAUAGUUUCUAAAUUUCAAAUUGUAGAGGGCGUAAGGAACAAUUGACGUCGCCUCUGCAUUGAUUCUCUGCACGGUCGAUACUACAGUUCUCUGUAUUUCUAUCUUUAAGAUGUAAUGUUCUUGAAAUUAAAUAUAUUUUCUUAUAGGAAUAUCAUUAAAAAACGAUCAAAUAUCUAUUCCUUAA